AUGUUACCUAGCUCUGAUGAUGUCCGUCAUAUGACGGACGAAGGCUUAGCACCUUUUCCUGGAAUCGAAGGAGAUUGCCUUGGAAACAGCGUCAGUAUGAAUCUUCCCGUAAAGCCAUUCGACAGCUGGUCAAGAGGAAUCCGCCGUCGUCUUCUUUUGGAAACGACCUUCGAAUCUCUUCACCCAACACUUUCACUCGAAAUGGAAGUAAGCUCAACAAUUAACACCUUAUCACUUUGCUUAAAUUGUCUAUUCCUUUUGACAAUCAGCAUUAUCAUAUCCUUUGGUAAAAUUACUUCCAACUUGUGA